CUGUGACAAGGAAAAUUGAGGAAAACCAAAUAACCAAGCAUGCAUCAAUCCUGCAACUAUACAGACCAAACACUCAGGUAUUUGAAAGUCAAUGCUAAAAACGAUUCUUUUACUAAUGUUUUGAUUCACUUAUACUCUUCAAUCCUAACAUGCUUUAUCGCAUUUUUCAUAUCAUCCCGGAAAACUAAAAUCAUAUUCUACUCCUACAAAUUCUUGUAUAGUCUUGUCUAUAUAGAUGAGUCUGAGGCUGCAGUAUUAGUCAUCGUUGGCGGCUCUAGUCGCCUCCUCCUCCUCUUCCCUGACGCCGGAGUCGAGAUACGAAGACUCUGCAUUCUCCCAGCCGACGAAGACAGGAGACAAAGUUGAGGUACAGAGCAAGAACAACAGACAUAUUUGGCAGUUUGGCUCAAUCAUUUAAUCCAAAUUCUGAAAGUUGCAGUUGUAGAAAACUAGGAUGGGCAAUAUAUGAUUAUCUUCUACUUGGUUGCCACGGUUUAUUUAAAAUGGUGUUUGAUAUGAGUAGAAUUGAUGUGGAGGUUAGUAAGGGAUCUCAAAAGAAUGGGCAAUUGAAUAGUCAGAAGAAUGGUCAAUUGAAUAGCUUUAAAGAUGAAAUUGUUCACCUCACCAGGCUUAGAUCAAGGCCCUGUGAAAACCUCAGAAGAGAACUUGCAAGGAAAAAGGAUGCUUCUAUCUCAACCUUGAAGAUGAUCAUUGCAAGAGAAGCCAAUUACUCUAGGAGAGAAUUUUUUUCAUCAUCUGAUCGUUGUCACAUUAUGAAUAAAUAUUUGCCUAUAAGAGAUCCUAUGGUUGUAGAUAAGAUGCCAACUAGGGCUUAUGUAUCACAUUUCACUCCUGAUGGAUCCCUAUUUAUUGCUGGAUUUCAGGGAAGGGACAUUCGAAUAUAUGAUGUGGACAAAGGUUGGAAACUGCAAAAGAACAUUCAAGCACAAGGCUUGAAUUGGACAGUUACAGACACAUCUAUUUCACCAGAUCAAAGCCAUCUUGUAUAUGCAACAAUGGCACCUAUUGUGCAUAUUGUAGACGCCGGGUCUUCCGACAAUGAAUCUAUUGAAGACAUCGAUGAGGUUCAUGAGGGGUUUGACUUCUCGAGUGAUGUGGAUGGUGACCAUUCUUUUGGAAUUUUUACUGUGAACCAUUCAAACGAUGGUCGUGAAAUUGUUGGUGGAAGCAGCGAUGAUGCGAUUUAUGUGUUUGAUCUUGAAGUAAGGAAGCUUUCCCUAAGAAUUCCUGCACAUGCGUCUGAUGUCAACACUGUUUGUUUCGGUGAUGAAACGGGCAAUAUUAUGUACUCUGGAAGUGAUGACAAUCUCUGUAAGGUCUGGGAUAGGCGUUGCCUUAGAACCCAGGGUGGUAAGUCAGCAGGAGUGCUUACGGGCCACCUAGAGGGUAUUACUUUUAUCGACAGCCAUGGAGAUGGCCGCUAUUUCAUAUCCAAUGGUAAAGAUCAGUCAAUCAAGCUUUGGGAUAUCCGCAAAAUGUCCUCCAAUAAUAUGUGCGCGAAUUGGUUCAGGAAUUUUGACUGGGACUACAGAUGGAUGGACUACCCGGCUGAGGCAAGUGAUCUGAAGCACCCCAACGACCAGUCUUUGUCCACUUAUAAGGGCCACAGUGUAUUGCGUACUUUGGUUCGUUCAUACAUCUCCCCUGCGUUUAGCACGGGACAAAAGUAUAUUUACACUGGAUCACAUGACAAGUGCAUUUAUGUCUAUGAUUUGGUGAGCGGAGAGCAAGUAGCAAAACUGGAGCACCAUAGAUCAACAGUGAGAGAUUGUAGCUGGCACCCCUAUUACCCAAUGCUUGUUAGCUCUUCUUGGGAUGGCGAUAUUGUGAAAUGGGAAUUCAAAGCGAAAGGAGACGACGAUGAAGAAGAAAAAGUGCAGCCGAUUCCCGCUGCUAAAAGAAAGCCGAGGCGGCGCAUUCCUAGUCCCACUGCUAAAAGAAAACAACUCCGCCACAGAUAAUGUAUUCCUCUAUGCGGAGUAGUGUAAAAAAAGACUUAAUAUAAGAGUAAAAUAUAAAUAAGGUUCUAAAAUAUGACCAUGUAUAAGUUUGAUUUUCUAAAUGUGACUUGUUUAAUUCUAUUAAAAAUACAACAUAAAAAUUUCCAAAACAGAAGUAAAAUGAACCUAUAUGAAGAAUAAAAUAAUGUCACUCCUAUUUGAUAAACUAUAAUAUGUUUCACUCAUACCUAACAUACAUUAGCACAUCUACUUCACAUAUACAAUGGUAUCCGAUUUUGUGGGGAAAUCCCAGUUGGCCAUGAAGUUG